CAGGGUUCUGGUUGAUGGCGGGGACUAGCGCGGAGACCCACCGUCAUUCUUCUGGAAAUAUAUUUUCUACAGACGCUCUUUUCGCAACACCACUUUGAUACCCCACACGACUCUACACCAUGGCGAAAACGAAACCCUCAACACGCGCCGGUGACGUCAAGAAGAAGUCAAAAUCUGGCGAAUCCAAAAAGUCAAAAGCCUCAGCCGAAGAGCUCCUCACACAAGCCGCUAUCCUCCUCCAGACCUCGCAACCAGAAGAAGCUCUCGUCGCAGCAAGAAGGGCCCUCAACAUUCUUCAGCCUACCUCGAAGCCCACAAUAGCGGCUCUCCCUGCGCUCAAUCUUCUCGGCGAAAUCAACAUCGAACUGGGCGACCCAGAGUCUGCGCGCGAAGCCUUUCAGGUCGCUAUACUUCUUGACCCCGAGGGUGUAAAUGAUGGCGCCGAGAAGUUUCUCUGGCUGGCACAACUCAACGAGGAUGGUGGAGCUGAGUCAGUACGGUGGUUCGAGAAGGGUGUGGAAGUCUUGAGGCGGGAGAUUGACGAGCUCGACGGGAGGCUGGUCAGGAAGGCAGAGGUCGAGGAUUUGCUGGAAGAGAAGAAGAUGAAGAUCGCAAACUCGUUAUGCGGUAUUGCGGAGGUCUACAUGACAGACUUGUCGUGGGAAGCAGACGCUGAGGCACGGUGCGAAGCCGCAGUCACAGAAGCGCUCAUGGUUGCGCCGAACAACGCGGAACCUCUUCAAACAUUGGCCUCGAUAAGGAUUUCACAAUUGCGAAAGGAGGAUGCACAGGCAGCAUUGACAAGGAGUAUCGAGCUGUGGAAAGAUCUGGAGCCAGACGACCCCAAAAUUCCUGACUUCUCCACCCUGAUCAGUCUGUCACGUCUGUUGAUGGAGGCUGACAUGGAGGAUGAUGCUAUGGAGACCCUCGAGAGACUGGUCAACGAGAACGACAGCAGUGUUGAGGCCUGGUAUCUUGGUGGCUGGUGCUUGCACUUGCUUGCAGGCAAGCAGAAAGCAAAAGGAGGGGAGCACGAGAAGACCGUCACCUCGCUGCUGAAGGCCAGUCGUGAGUGGCUGGACAACUGCCUCAAGCUGUAUGGCAUGUUGGAGUACGAAGAUGAGCGGCUGAAGGAGCAUGCCGAGGAAAUUCUCAAGGAGCUGAACGACAUUUUGGGCCCGGCUGUUGAGGGAGAAGAAGAUGAGUGGUCAGAUGAGGAGGGUGGCAAGGACGACGAUGAGGAGAUGGAAGGUGCUUGAGGCGCUACAGCUCUGAAAUCGACAGGUGCAAAAGCUGGUUCUAGAAGGAAGCGGCAUGGCGGCAUGGCGGCAUGGCGGAGGUGCCCAAUGCCCCUUCCUCGUGCACUCAGCCUCUCCGUUGUGGUCUGACCUGCGAUGCGCCCACACUGUUCGAAGCAGAGUAAUUCCAGAUUACCUGCAUAGUAGUACUCGGGUCCCGCUACUGUUGCCCAUCGCUCA